GACAGGCAGGCGGCAUCCUCUCUCUCUCCCUCUUUCUCUCCCUCCCCCCUUUUUCAUCUCUCUCUUUUACUCUCUCCUUUCCCCUCGCACAGACACAGACGUACGUGUACACACACGCAUACUCCGUCACACUGCAGCAGAAGGGAGAGGACACACUGUGAAGCUGUGAGGAAGGAUCAGGCCUCUCCACUUCCCAUCUUCCUGCUCAUCCCUCCAGUAGAACACAGUCUGUCUCUGUUCUCCGCUCUCCUUCAAGGACUACCACACCAAGGGAGUGCCUGCUGUCUCUACGCUUGGACUCACUGCAGCACAACGGAUCUACCUGGAAGGCUUUCCUCUUUUUUCCCUUGUUGCUAGGCAUUGUUGGCUGAGCAUCAGGCCCUCAUACUUGUGUUUAAGUGUGUAUGCAUGUAUGUGAGUGUAUGACAGGGUCAACUGACUGAGCACACACUUGAACGUGGGACAGUUUUACAUUCCAACUGUCAUUCUUUUGGUGUGGCAUCCUUUGCGUCCUUAUCACUUGCCGCUCUUCUUCCUCCUGACAAAGGCAGACUGUAUCCCAGGAUGCUGUGCGGCAGGCUACUCUGCUAGGCCGCAGCAGCAUGGGCAAAGCACCGGGGGGGUGGGACAGCGAGGAUUGGACGGCUUUGCUCCGGACGGGCGCGCUAACACACUCCGCUGCUUCCAAUGGGUGAAGACGGAGAGAGCCCCAAAAUCAAUCAUAGCUUCCUCCGAGACUAUGUCACUGAAGCUGAUGUCAUUUCUACAGUGGAAUUUAAUCAGACGGGGGAUCUGCUGGCCACAGGGGACAAGGGAGGGAGAGUGGUCAUCUUCCAGCGAGAGACAGAGUCUAAAGAUGAACCUGAGGAGUUGGGAGAAUCAGGUGAGUAUAAUGUCUACAGUACGUUCCAGAGUCACGAGCCAGACUUUGACUAUCUGAAGAGUUUAGAAAUCGAGGAGAAGAUCAACAAAAUCUGCUGGCUGCCACAACAAAAUGCUGCCCACUUUCUCCUAUCAACCAAUGAUAAAACAAUAAAGCUAUGGAAGGUGAGUGAGAGAGACAAGCGUCCAGAGGGCUACAAUCUGAAAGACGAAGAAGGGCGAAUAAAGGACAUUUCCACCGUGACCUCAUUACGGGUGCCAGUCUUGAAACCCACUGACCUGAUGGUUGAGGUGCGGCCCAGGAGAAUCUUUGCUAACGGCCACACCUACCAUGUCAAUUCAAUCUCAGUCAAUAGCGAUGGGGAGACCUACCUGUCCGCGGAUGAUCUCAGAAUCAACAUGUGGCACUUGGACAUCACAGACAGAAGCUUCAACAUUGUGGAUAUUAAGCCAGCCAAUAUGGAGGACUUGACAGAGGUGAUAACAGCAGCGGAGUUCCAUCCACACCACUGUCACUUGUUUGUGUAUAGCAGCAGUAAGGGCACUCUACGCCUCUGUGACAUGAGAGAGUCUGCACUCUGUGACAAGCACUCCAAAAUCUUCGAGGAGCCAGAGGACCCAGGCAAUCGUUCUUUCUUCUCUGAGAUCAUCUCAUCGGUUUCUGAUGUCAAGUUCAGCCAUAGUGGACGAUAUCUCCUCACCAGAGACUACUUGACUGUCAAGGUUUGGGACCUCCAUAUGGAGAAGGGCCCAUUGGAGACCUAUCAGGUUCAUGAGUACCUAAGAAGUAAACUUUGCUCCCUGUAUGAAAACGACUGCAUCUUUGACAAGUUUGAGUGUGUCUGGAAUAGUACAGACAGUGUAAUCAUGACGGGAGCGUAUAACAGUUUUUUCCGGAUGUUUGAUCGAGAGACCGGUCGUGGUGUGACCCUCGAGGCGUGGCGUGAGAGCAGUAAACCGCGAGCCGUGCUGAGGACUCGCCGCAUUUACACCGGGGGGCGUCGGCGCCGGGGCGAUGUGGGUGUUGACAGUCUGGACUUCAGUAAAAAAAUUCUGCACAUGGCUUGGCACCCGGCCGAAAACAUCAUCGCCAUAGCAGCCACUAACAACCUCUAUAUCUUUCAGGACAGGGUCAACGCAGAAAACCAGUGACAUAAGAACUCACUAAGGUGAAGCAAUGGUGAUCUUCACAGGGCCACAACACAAGAAAAACAAAAACAUUUGAAUAAAACACACACAUAUAUGCACUCAAAUUCAUCCUUUAAAAACAUCAUUUACAAAACAUACGUAUUAUUGGCCCUGUGGAGAUGGAAAUAGUUGCCAAACUCCUGUAGUACACAUAUGGACUUUACAGUUAAGCCAUUCCAACAGAAGAGAACUGCACAGGUGGAGGAGCAUUUAUGUAUAACCAACAACUCUCUGGUUUAUUACACCGCAAAGAAUGAUGCAAAUUAGCUAUGGUACAUGGAAUUUUUAAUUGACUGCACAGUUAGCCAAUCCUGGACUCCUUUGAAAAGUGAUUGAUGGUGUUGUCAACCAAUCCCAGAAUGCGCUGAUCUGUGACUGACAGCUUACAGGAAUAAGGGGUGGUGACUUUGGGCUGAAGACCAAGGAAAAGACAGCUCCACUCCUCCAUGCCAAGUUGCCAUGGAAACAGGAUACUCAGCUGUCAUGGUAACAAGAGUGCUCUGAGCAGUCUUCCUAUCACGUGCUUCCCAAACACCUAUCCCACAAUGCAUCUGCUACACGAGCACUCAUUUUUCUUCACAUUGCAUUAAUCAUUUGUGGAGACGCGGAUGCCUAGAAGACCGAAUCACUUUACUACACUUGAAGGAGGUUCAGAUUCCAGUAUUUAUAUGGAAUAUACACAGAUCUGAUGGAUACUCCUUCAGGAAACUCACUACUUCAUCAAAAAACAGUUUUAACUGGAUUACACCUUGCAAUGUGUAACAUCUAGACCUGUGUGGAAAGAAAGAAAUUUUGCAAUCAAAAACUCUUUAUUUUGAUUGUACUGAUCCCUCAAAGUUCAAUCAUGUAAAGAAAAUAAGUGGGAAAAAUUUGUGACACAUAGCAGAAACAAUGAGACAUACAAAAUACUGCAAAACAUGGAAAAUCAGUUGGUAUAUUUACAGUACAUUUUUAAAGGUGAACAUAAAUUGUUUUGUUUCACUGGUAGAUUCAACAGUGGUCUUGGACCUUAUGCUGAUGAUUAUCGGCAUGGAUGUAGCAUCAUGCAAAACCAAAAGUUAUCAGUUACCAGAUGCUUUUAUAGGUGUAUUUGUCACCUGUGUUUCAUUUAUUAAAGGUAUAGUUCACCCAAAAAUAAAAAUUCUCUCAAUUACUCACCCUCAUGCCAUCCAAGAUGUGUAUGACUUUCUUCUGCUGAACGUAAACGAAGAUUUUUAGAAGAAUAUUUCAGCU